UUAAACAGCACGACGUCGGGUAGGUAUAAAAGGACUGAGAGGGUUAGUGCGUGUACUUCGAGACGACAGGUAUUGACAUCACAUCACCGAAAAUAAGCAUGGAGUUCUUGAAAGUCCUCGUGGUUUUGUUUGUAGUUUUGCACGGUUCGCUAUCAAAGCCAGUGAGUUCUGAAGAUGAACUACGCGACAUCGUCGGAAAACUAGAGAGACUCGCAGCAAGCUUAAGACAGUAUGUAGUCGACAGCAGUAGGUUCGAGUAUUCCAUGAGCGAUGUCGGACCACAGAGCGGGUCUACGCCAGAAUUCCCUAUCCCCGGUACCAGACCAAUCGGGCUUUGGGGGUUCGAUAAAGACCCCUCCUCUCCAACAUACAAAUCGCUCUAUAAAAUGUCCGGAAAGCUUCUGAAGCCGUACUUCCACAGUUUCCCAAGUGGACCAUAUACAUCGGAGAUGCGGUUAACACCACGUAAUGUUGUUACAAUGCUGAAUGCGUGGUAUAACGACGCUGACCAAAUGAUGCUCAAAGAACAGACUUUUGUUAACGUUGCCAGAGAGCUCUUGGAUGCCCAUUUCCAGUGUGCAACGACGAGAGUCAACCAAAUAAUUUUCUAUGUUCUCAAGGACCAAGUACGUACAAUGGCAGAGGAAGACUGGAAAAUUAACGCUCACAUGAGAAAAGUUUUGGGGAAUUGGAUAACGGAUACGGCUGUUGUGGACAAAGUCGCCCAGAAAAUUGUAAUGGUAGCGCAAAGACAUGCCUACGGGAACAUAAUGGAGCAUAUUGAAUAUUUCCAACUUAAUGAUAUCGUGGAAUUCCUUGCAAAAAUGAAAAUGUUCAUGUGGAAAGCUGAACAGGAUAAAUGGACACCAGUCAUGUUCGAUGAGAAAUUCGGUCAACUUUUGACGGACAAUGACUUUGUUUUUCAAUGUCCAAGUGUGCAUGAUCUAUGGGAAUUCCACCAAACAAUUGUUAGCCGUUAUCAAGAGAGGUUAUCCGAAACUAAACCAUUCUCGGAGACGGAGGCUUGGCUAGAGAAAGUCCUACCCACAUACAUGACGACAGACGCCACCCCCGUCAUUACUGCCAUCCUCCAAGUGUACAAAGACUUCGUAAAGUCGGCCAUGCUGCACUUCGAACAAGUGGAAAAGCACGUGACCAGCGGAAAUACGGCCGACAUCACAAAUUUUAUGUCCCAAUUCCUCGCACCACAUCAGCUCCAGUAUUUGCAGUCCAUCUUUGAAUUCCUCAACAUUGAGAAUACCCGCGACAUCAUGGAAGUGGGACAAAUGAAGAACGGAAAUACCGGUAGCGGACGUACCAAGGGAAGAGGCACGGAAUUCAACGUGGAAUAUAGAUGAAACGGACGCUGUACAAGAUAUUGACAUGUCCAAAUCGUAUAAAAAGGGCUAUUCCUGACAGAUCAUUGACCCUUUUGUAGUGCUUUCAAAAACUUCUUUGCUUUAAAAAAAUAAAAUAUCAUGCCAAA